AAAAAUAAAAACCGAUCAAAUGUUGCUGUACAGCAUUCCUCAGCAUCAGAAAAAGAAUCUUCGACAGAAGACGAGUGUUACACACAUAUAAAUAGAGAGUAUUAUCAACCAUAACACCCAACAGCCCUUUAAUCUGGAGCAGAGUAGCCACCUAUAAUGGGGUCCUUACGGUAUUUUGGUGACGUGUUGUAUGGGUAAGAGCAACUUCCUUUUCUGUAAGAGGGAGUGAGUUGCUGCCGGUUGUAAAAUGUCGAAGGUAACAUUUAAGAUCACGUUGACAUCGGACCCUAAGCUUCCCUACAAAGUAUUAGGUGUUCCUGAAAGUACACCUUUUACAGCAGUUCUAAAGUUUGCAGCAGAAGAGUUCAAAGUUCCAGCAGCUACAAGUGCUAUAAUAACAAACGAUGGUAUAGGAAUAAACCCUGCACAAACUGCUGGUAAUGUUUUUUUAAAACAUGGCUCUGAACUGAGACUCAUUCCGAGGGAUCGAGUUGGCAGUUUUCAGCAGCUUUAGAAGAUCAAGGAAGGGAUCAUUUUUUAUAUGGAAACAAAGUAUUUAUUUUGGAAAAUCGGUUUAUUAUAUGUCUAUAGUUACCUAAACUGAAGCUCCCAUGUGUUAUGGUAAUGAACAUCUGAAUGUCAGCUGCUAGAUGAAGAAGAGUCUUAUGUAUGCAUGCUGCACAUUUCUUCAAACAGUUGCGUUUUGCAAUUUCAGGACAACACAUGUUUACAGUUCAGAGUGUCAUCAUUGUAAAUUCAUCUUGUUCCUUUAUUUCCUUGUAAUUGUGCAAGACUCGGUCCAGGAAACAAAAUGGUUCUGUUGUACAUGGUCUUUGGAAGAGAUGAGUGUUUGCCUGUUCUUUCAACUUGGUUUCAAACAUAUAAGAUCAUAACAUAAAAUAUUUUGGUGCAAACGAA